AUGCGAUUCUAUCUAGUUUUAUUGGUGUCUCUAAAUCUAUGUAUCGCUCAAUUCAAUAUACCCCUUCCGUUUGGCAACAUCGUGCUGAAUAAAAACGAGAAAGGCGAUUUGGAGAUUGGCGGCGGACAAAGUCUGAAUCUGUUUGGAUGGGGAGGCAGUCGCGAUUUCAAGUUGACUAGCGGAAACGGAACAUUUAAAAUUGAUAAAACCGAUAAGGUUCUUGUCAAUGGUACGACAUUUGGCGGUGACGGCAGUUUCGGAAUUGACGAAAAACGCGGCAUCGACGUCGGCCAAAAUGUGACAAUCGGAAAUCAAACGCUAAUUGGCGGUCCCGGAAAAGAAUCCAACUUCCUCGAGGGUCUCAUCAACUUGUUCAAACCGCAACAUUGA